CACUAAUAUUAAUAAUACAGAGAUUUUUUUAGCAAUAAAACUAAACAAAGGGGUGCUGACUGCAAUUACCCCUAUAUAUAUAAACCCUGCACUUUCUUCUCACUUCCAAGUUUCUCAACUUCUCAACAGAAAGAAAAGAAAAAACAAUGGAGAAACGAAGAGCGAAUAUUCUUUUCUGCACUGCAAUUCUUCUUAUAACAUGUUUCGUACCACACAGCAUUGCGAAGAGGAAUCAAAUCGAAGCGCUUUCGCGCAUCUACAAAGAGAAAAUGAAGAACAACACACAAAUUGACAGGGCGGAUUUCAAAGCGAGCCGCCAUUCAAAUCACGCGGCGGCGAAGAUUCAGCCGCGGCAGCAGAAAGAGCUGAAAGACGGCGACAGAAUCGAGAGAUUGCCCGGUCAGCCGUCGGUUAAAUUCAACCAGUACGGCGGUUAUAUUACCGUGAACCGAACCGCCGGUCGAGCGUUUUAUUAUUAUUUCGCGGAGGCUCAGCAUUCUCCCAGUUCGUUGCCUCUUCUUCUCUGGCUUAAUGGAGGUCCCGGCUGCUCGUCUCUUGCGUUCGGAGCAAUGCAGGAGCUAGGACCGUUUCGUGUUCAUAGCGACGGCAAAACUCUCUACAAGAACAAGUUUGCGUGGAACCACGCUGCAAAUGUAUUGUUUCUGGAAUCUCCGGCUGGGGUAGGGUUCUCGUAUUCGAACACGACCAAUGAUUUCGUGACAGGUGGCGAUCGAAGAACGGCCGACGACAAUUAUGCGUUUUUAAUUAAUUGGCUUGAGAGAUUUCCAGAGUAUAAAGAAAGAGAGUUUUACAUCUCUGGUGAGAGUUAUGCUGGUCACUAUGUACCUCAAUUGGCGCACACAAUUCUUUACCACAAUCUCAAAGCCAAAAACACAAUCAUCAAUCUCAAAGGAAUCAUUAUUGGAAAUGCAGUGAUAAACGAUGAGAGUGAUGUAAAAGGGAUGUAUGAAUUUUUCGGAAGCCAUGCUUUGGUAUCUGAUGAGACGACAGCUGUAAUUAUGAAAUAUUGCGAUUUCACCCCAAAUGCCACCACACAGUCAAAUAUAUGCAAUGAAGCUGCUGGUGAAGCUGAAAAAGACACUAAUUCUAUUGAUAUUUAUAAUAUUUAUGCUCCUUUGUGCAAAAAUACCAGCCUCACCGACAAGCCCAAGAAGACUUCGGGAUUGGAUCUUGAUCCUUGUGGUGACUAUUAUGUAUAUGCAUACUUAAAUAGGCCAGAUGUUCAAGAGGCACUCCAUGCAAACGUCACCAAGAAUAUUCCUUAUGAUUGGCAGCCAUGCAGCAAUGUGCUCAAGAAAUGGCUAGAUAGCCCAUCGACAGUUAUUCCUCUACUCAAAGAAUUCAUGGCCAAUGGUAUUCGAGUUUGGAUAUUUAGUGGUGAUAUAGAUGGAAGAAUACCAGUUACUUCAACAAAGAAUUCCAUCAAAACUAUGAAACUUCACACCAAAGUUGCAUGGCACCCUUGGUUCCUUGGUGGAGAGGUUGGUGGAUAUACACAAGUAUAUGAAGGAAAUAUGACAUUUGCUACAGUGAGAGGGGCAGGGCAUCAAGUACCUAGUUAUCAACCUGCUAGAGCCCUUUCACUUAUUAUGCAUUUUCUUGCUGGAACAGAGCUUCCUAAUUCUUCCAAAACUUAAUUAAUUAAUUAAUUAAUUAAUUAUCAUAUAAAUAAUUUUAUUUUCCACAUGGC